UGGCUGCAUAAUUACAGACAGAACAAUUGUACCACUCAGCACUUGCCAGGAAGGGGCGCCAGAGGACAAAUCCUUCAUAUGGCGGCUGACGCAAUGGAGACAAAGGGACAAUUUAUUGACAAGUUAUUGGCCAAUAGGUCAGCACGGAGCAUUCCCUGUAGCAGCAAUGAAUACCGGUAUAAGGGGGUGUGCUGCCAAUACUGCCCGGCAGGCACACAUGUCUCUACGCACUGCAGCCAGAACCACGGACAUGGAACCUGUAACCCUUGCACGCCGGGGACGAAGUUCACCGCUUACCCCAAUGGAAUGGACGCCUGCUUGAGCUGCCGGGUCUGCAGGCCGGAAGAUGAAGUUCGGGUGGCAGAGUGUACUCCGACCUCAAAUACCAUGUGUCGGUGCAAAGAGGGGACUUACUGUAUUCCAGAUGACAACUGCGACCUCUACUGUACCCCAUGCCAGAGCUGCCCUGAAGGUCAGUAUAUGAAACAUUCAUGCACAGUUACAGCAGACACCGUAUGUGAAAACCCUGGUGAGGUUAAUCCUGCCGUAGACUCCACCACCGUGCUGAUUAUAGUGGUGCCCAUCGUUUUUAUUGCUCUCCUCGUGAUCAUCAUUCUGGGCUUUGUUCUCUGGAAAAAGAGACAGAAAGAUAAAGAGAAACAGUGUGGAGCAGGAGAUACAGAGGAGCAUCUGUUAGAUAAUGGGGCAGAAGCCAGUAACGCCGGCGUCCCACCUCCAGAUACUGGGAUCAGCUGUUCACCAUUUUCCGGUCAGCCUGGCCUGGAGGAAGGACGGAACCUGUGUGAUGAGGAUUCCAUUCCACUGAGCCAGGUAGAUGAAGGACACCGUGUCACAGAGCGGACUGAUCUCCAUCGCUGUGUUGAGAACCUGCCUGAACAUGGAGACGAGGAAGACCACCAGCUGAGUGCUGCAGGAGGCACUGAAGAAAGUUAUGCAGGAGGCACUGCGGAACAAGCUCACACGUCUGAGAGCUGCAGUUGUGUCAGAUCUGAUGCCAGAUGCACAGCGCCCCUGACUGACCAGGAAUGGCUGCAAUGUUACAACUCCCUGAAGAAUAGCGUCCCACCGUCUAGAUGGAAAGAGCUGAUGCGAAACGUUGGUCUGACGGACAUCGACAUAGAACACAUCGCUCUGGAUCACAAUGAUACACAUGAAAAACACUACCAGAUGUUCCUCCUCUGGCGGAAUCAAUCAGGGCGACAGGUUUCCAUGGUCUCUGUGUUCCGUGCGCUGGACAAGAUGAAGCUGGGGGGCUGCAGAGAGAAUAUAGCAAAUGAAAUAAAAAGCAAAGGAAUACGAGUAUGAGACCCUUACCGCCGGACUGUUUACAUGAACACCUCCGUCUGCCCGUCCUGUUGUGCCGUUCCCGAGAGAGAAAUGUAUGCAUGACAGCCGCACGAUCAGCAAUCAUCUGCACUCGAAUAAUACAUUUCCGUUUUGUAUAUAUUGCUAUUGUAUAUAGAAUAUGUAUACACAGUAUGUUCAGUGAACACCCCAAGCUGCGUCUUACUGUGAAUAUUGGGGGAUUAAUGCUGCUCAAUCUCUCCUUUAGGGAGUGUGCAUUAAAUGCCAACAAUGCCUUUUAAAGCAGCUUGUACUAUUGGCUAGGAUGCGUCUGCAGGCAGUCAAUAGGACUGUACCCCUACUGCCCCCUAGAGGUCAUAUAUGGGCUAGUCAUCGGCUAAGCUUGCACAGCUGUUUUAGGAUAAAUUGCAGUUUGAUGCCCUGUACAAGGUUUGGGGAAAAUUCUCAGAGGACCAGUGUUACAAGAUUGUGUUACACUGAGAUAUACCGGCCAGGGCAUGGGGGUGGGAGAUGUGCUUUAUACACUGUCGAGUCACAUUAUAACCACCUACAUUUGACGUCGGCAACACGUAGGUCAUGAAGUGCGUCACGUGUUGUGCGCUGGCUGGGUGGGUAUAUCAGGUGUGCGAUGGGCGGUUGGCACACAUAUCACUCGUUGCUGUCAUGGGUAAAAGGAGCGAUUUAUCAGAGUUGCAGGAAAGGAUGAUUAUUGGCUCUCGGGCCAAAGGUGACAGUAUUUGACACAGCGCAGUGUGUGACCGGUCUGCGUACUGCUGCGGUGAAGGUGUAUCGUGACUGGACAAAUGGCACCAUUGCGACUAACCGACGUGGAAACUGUGCAGCACCUCAUGCCAUUAAUGUGACAGGGGAACAUCGGCUAUGAAGAGGCGUGAAGGCCGACUGAUGCGCUACAGCGGAGCAGCUCACCGUCACAAUGUACCCGGGGGGGUUACCAGACGUGUCUAAAGCAACAGUUCCGUCCGUCUCGCUGCUCUCCGCGCUGCACACGGCGGUUACUCUGCUAUUAGCUGGUGGUCAUUAUAACGUGACUCCACCGUGUAUACUGGCAGCGCAUACUAGCAGAUUAUAGAACAACUCCCAUGUUAGGGGUAGCAUUAAAAAAAAAACUGCACUAUUUGUUCAUUAUUUUCAUAUCGUUGUGCAAAGAGUUGUUGUGUUAUAUAUCUAUGAUAUUUGUGUAAUCUCUCCAUGUGGAGUGAAGUGUUCCCAGGCACGCUGACCCUCAGCAUUACACAAUAACCCCUGUGCGGCUCUGUGGAAGAGUUAUGGCGUUACAUUAUGUAACCAUCAGAGGUUACGUUGCUGCUUGGAUGCCUUGGAAAACGCAAUGGUACAGCCGGGCAGUCACCGCCUUCUCUUAACUUAUAUGUGGCGCUCUAUUUAUCAAAGCUAUCUAAGCCCUAUGUCUUUUUUUAUUCCUAUUUAUUAAAUGCUUGCAGUGGGGAGUAUCCCUGGCAGUACCCGCCGCUGGGGCUCUCAGAGGAAUGCCACCCCAUGCUUCGCGAGUACCGCUGCUGUCCUCUGAUCACCGCCGUCGUCUCAGGGUGGCGGUAACUGAGAUCAGGACAGGGAAAAAAUGUUUUAUUAAUUAAAAAAUAAUAAUUUCCUUAAGGAAAGCAAAAUAUUAAUUAAUAUAUUUAUUUUAUAAUAUCUCCAGGUCUGACCUUCCAGUGCAAUGUGCAGGUACGGACAGAUAAAGCCAGGACAGGCGGUUGGAGGGGUAAGCGGUCCUCUGACUGCUGUCAGCCAUUGUUACCAGCUCACUCAGCUGUGAUAUUUUAAUAGUAAAUUGGGCCAUUUAAUUGUUUUCUCGGAACCCGUGUGCAAUGGGCGUCCGACGGAACUAUUCAAUUGUUGCAGAUCGGGCACACGUGCAUUAGGCGCCAUUAUUUCUGCUUGCACCCUCCAGAGCUGACAAGCAGAAAUGUGGGGAAAGUCAUGCUUGUGGGCAUUUGGGUACGACAACUGCGACAAAUGUAAUUGGCACUUACAGCACUCCUGCACAUUGGCAAAACAAUUCAAUAGCUCCGUUGGGUGCACAAAUCACAAUUGAAUUCAACACUAUGAAGCUAGAUUUUUAUUUAAUUACAGUGAUAGAAACUCUUUCUUAUUGCGCAGUAUUAAUGAAUGGGCCAUUCAUUAAUACUGCCAAUGUGACGUUUGUACUGCUCUAUUCCGAUAGGCCCAUGAGAUUGACUAAGCGGAUCGUUCAAAGUGUGCUCUUAAUUCCUCCCAGCAGCAGUGUUCUGCGUGAUAAAUACGCCCUAACCUCGCCCGCCAUUAUACUGUGCCUCGAGCUGUCACUGCAGGCUGCGCUGUAGGCGAGGACUUGUCAGAAGGGAUCCAUGUAAUAUACAUUUAUUGUAUACAUUAUGGGCUACCGGUAUUCAGGCACGUUUACCAGGAUUUAGGAACAAGCGCUGAGCGGAUUACACUAGUGCUUGUGUAUGAGCCAUGGGGAAUAUGUGCACUGAAAAGCAAUGUAUUAUUUUGAUAUAAACUCCUGAACAAAGUCCUGUCUUCUACUUGUGCAAAUGUAACGCGUAAUCCUAUUACCCCCAAUGAUAUUCCUAACGGUAUUAGUAACUGGUCAUUCCUGCUCCCAUCUCCGAACCUGUCCCCACUACUUCUGUAUUAGUUCCUUCCUGUAGGUACAGUCAGGAUCAUAACUACAUCCUGUAGGUACCAAUGUAUGGUGAACAAAUACAGACCUUCAUCUCUAAGCCCUAUAAACAGCACAGACCCUCUAUGAAGGACAUAUACGAUGUUACUAUGAUCAGAAGGACUAGCUGACAGAUUUUGGGUACUAGCAAUUUCCUAGUAUAAUAAUAAUUCUGGGAUAGGGAUACAUUUCCUAAUAUAGCGUCUAAUAUAAUGCACAGUGCACUUACAGUACAUACUUAUUGUAUAGGUAAAUUGCAUACGUGUGAAAGCUGGUCUGGUCGUAAAUAAAGAAACAGGAAGAGAUUAAAGCACAUCCCUCAUCUGUGUACAGUGGAGACAUUUGUGGGCAGAACCGUCUCAAUGAUUGUACUAUUCCCUAGAGAAUUAGUUAUUGGUUCUGUCAACAACAAAAUGGCUGCCUCCACUACAUGGGUACACCAACGUAAAGAAAUGAGACUGUGGUGUUUUAUCAUGCAUCCUAGCAAGAUGGGGGUAAAUUUACUAAGGUGGGAGAUUUUUAGAACUGGUGAUGUUGCCCAUAGCAACCAGAUUAUAUCUAUUAUCUGCUAGAAGCAGCUAGGUAAAUGGUAAGUAGAAUCUGAUUGGUUGCCAUGGACAACAUCACCAGUUCUAAAAAAUCUCCCAUCUUAGUAAAUUUACCCCAUGGUGUCAAACAUUUGUUAGCCAUGUGCAAUGCCAAGCGAUCUGUUGUCAGAUUCCGGUGAUAUAGUGUCACCGCGGUAGGUGGCAUUACGCAGCCUGUUUAGAGAAAUGUACUGAGCAGUGAUGAAGAAGACUAAGCCGCCAUGUACGCAGAUACAGCAGCUGCCGUUCGGCGGGCACAUGCUAAGGCAGCGUAAGUAAAAAUGACCAGCCGAACUUUAACACUGUGAAUUGAGGGCUUUCCUAGUACCGUGGUGAUGGAUGCAUCAGUGUUUACAUAAGAUCUGAAAUAAAAUUAUAAAUGUUUCCAAGAAA